GUGUCUGAACUCAGACAGUUCUUAGGGGUGGACGCGGUGGUAAACCGACACGACCCAGGCAGCUUCAAUUGCACUCCACGAUGCCUGCGCGACGUUGAAAAGCCAACCAAAUGACGUUAUUAACUUUUGAUCGCAUAUGGCACAACCACGCUAGCCUUGCGGUGGCAGUCGCAGCAGUCAACUCUUUCACGGCUUGCUGCGUCCGGGGCGUGACCGCGCGAUGGAAUUUGCACAAGUAGCCAUACUUGAUAAUUAUAGGCGUUCCAGGUGUGGAGCCAGCCAGUAAUUGACCGGAAGCCGGAAGGAGCCUAUCAUGGAGAGCAAAUUGCAGCUGCGGGCUCCUUGCCUGGUCCUAGGGCAGCCGAUGACUCGCCAGUUCGGCAAAUCGCCGCUGGUGCCGGGUGGCAGGUUCGGCCCGCGGCUGCCUGCCCUUGAAGCGCACCGGAAGAAGCAAAAACCGCACGACUCCCACUCCCAAAAGCGCAAGCAAAAGGAGAUGCCGGAAGUCCUGUAUCGCUUUGCCGAUUCCAGCGGCAACACUGCCACGGUCAUCGAGAACGGCUCUGUGUCCACCAUCACAAUCACGACCAAGCGCGUGCCGGUGCCGCGCAUCAACCCGCUGGCCUCCUUUGAGGAGCGCGACGUGGACCCCGCCUCAUCCGAGCCCCUGGUACCCGCCACCAUCCUGCCCACGGUGCUGUCCUCCAUGGACGGCGGCGAGGGCGGAUCUAAGUCCGGAUCCAAGGGCCGGCGUAGCGGCGGAAGCGGAGGAGGGGGUAGCAGCGGGGGUGGCGGCAGCAGCGGUACCCCCACAGCCAAGGUUGCCACUGUGUCGGAGGCAAUCAACUCUCUGAUGUCGCCGGCGGCGGUGGCCGCGACGGCAGCCGCGGCGGGGAACGCCGCGGGCAAUGGCGGGGGCAGCGGCGAAUGGCAACGUGACAAGGGCGUGGGGGAGCGGGGCAGUGGCGGGGCCGGCAACGGCGCCAGCAGCGGGCGCUUCAACCCGGACGGCGUGUGGAAUGAGGCGUAUGGCAAGUCGGCUUCUUCGUCCUCGAACACAGCGGCAGCAGCCGCCGGAUCGCCCAGCCGGUCCGCGGAGAAGGUCAGGGGCGGGGCCAACGGCUCGAACGACGGCCAGGCGUCGUUCCGGAGCGGCGGCGGCAUCACAAUAGCCGAGGCGCUGGCUGACGCCGCCGCCAUCACGAGCCAGGCCGCGGCAGCAGCGGCCGCCGCGGAGCCGCCCACCGUGACGACCAUCACCAUCCGCCGCGCCGGCGAGGCCCCGCCGCUGCUGGCUGCGCUGCGGCAGCUGCUGUCGUGGCCGCCCUCGCUGCCCGACAUCCAGUGGCCCUGGUCACAGCCACAGACCGUGCCCACGCCCGCCACCACCAUCGAGACGCCCUCGGGAGUGCUGGUGCUGCCGGCGCCGAGCUCCGCCGCAACCGGGGCCUCGACCUCGGGGGCUCGUACGGCGGCGGCGGUGGAGCCGGCGGUGUUUGACGGCACGGCGGCAGAGUCGGCAGACCUGCUGUUCCAGCCCAACCGCAACUCGGCGCAGUACGCGGGUGGGAGUGGGAGCAGCAUGAGCAGCGUCGAGAUCAGCGGCGGCAAUGGCACGGGCGGCAAGGCGUAUGGCGGGGUGGGGCAGUCGGCGGAGUAUUCGUCGUCUGUUGAGUCUUACUACAGCAGCACCUCGGAGCUGGAGCAGGACACCGGCAGCGACGGCGACGGCGACGGCGACCAGGAGGGGCGGGGGGAGGGCGAGGGCGAGGCAGAGCCGGAUGGGGCGGGCGAGGAUGCAACGAAAUCGCACCACCAUCACGGCCACCACCACCACCACGGCCACCAUGAGGAGGACUACAUGUGGGACCCGGCCCUGAUGGGCGCGAUGGCGCUGGUGGGCACCGCGGUGUGCGCGGGCGUGCUGGUGGCGAUGGCGGUGGCGGCGGACGCCGCGGCAGCCGCGGCGGCGGCGGCGGCGGCGCUGCUGCCGGCGCCGGCGCCUGUCAAGUGGGCGCAGCUGGACAGCGUGAUCGGCGUGAGCAGCAGCUGGGCCAGCGGCGGCGGCGCGGGCGCGGGCGUGGAGGGCGGGCUGGCGGCGCGGUGGCACCUGCUGACGUGGCAGGAGCUCACCAACGCCAUCCUGGAGCGGCUGUCCUGGGCGUUCCAGAAAUGGUCGUACGCCUCCCUGCCGGUCAAGAUUGCCAUCGUGCUGGCCAGCAGCAUACCGCUGGUGGUGGUGUUCGGCAGUCUAUACUACUUCGCGGUGGGCGGCGCGGCGGCGGGUCAGGACCUUCGUGAGGCGCUGAUCAAGAUCCACUGCAUCCUCAACCGCAUGCCCGGGACCAACAUGGUGCGCGAGAACAACGCUGCCUCGUUUCUGGUGGUGAACGCCGCCUUCUUCACCGGUAUCUUCACCUUUGCGGUGUUCCUGGGUAUUGUGAGCGACGAGGUCAAGAGCACGUUCAGGUCCAUAAAGACCGGCACAUACCCGGUGCGGGUGCGCGACCACGUGCUCAUCCUCAACUGGAGCCACCACAGCAUCCCGCUGCUGCGCCAGUUCGACCUGGCCAGGAGGUUCGCCGGCAACGACGCCUUCUUCCGCCGGCCCGUGGUGCUGCUGUCGGACACGCCCAAACAGGACAUGGACAAUGAGAUCGCGGAGCGCCUGGCCAGCGCCAGCCUGGACGUCAUCACGCGCAGCGGCAGCCCGCUCAUGUUGCGCGAUCUGGCCACUGUGGCGGCGGCCCGCGCGCACACCAUCAUCGUGCUGCACCCCGGCGGCGCCGCCAGCCACGAGGCGGCGGAGGCCGCCAAGGCCAGCACCGCCAUGGCGCUGGCGGCGCUCACGGCAGAGGUGGCGGCGGCGGACGCAGUGGUGGAGGCGCGCGCCGUGGCGCGCAGCGCGGGCGAGCCCGGCGGCGGCAGCGGGCCCGGCGCCAUGCUGGGUUCUGCGGCGCAGAUGUACGCGGCCGCGGGCCUGCCAGCCCCUGCUCAGCAUCCGUACCAGUCUGUAGGUGCGGCCUCGCCCACCGCCGCCACGGCCGCGCUCUUCGCGCCCUCCACCCUGGCCUCUGGGCCCAGCACCAGCAGCGGCAGUAGCACGGCUCGCAGCGGCAGUAGCACCAGCAUUACCAGCAGCUCUCAGGGGCAGCAGCAGCAGCAGCUGUUGCAGCCGCACCGGCCGCGUGUGCUGUUUCAGAUGCCUGACGAGGUGGUGAUUGGGCACGACCCCGUCAGCUCCUUCACGCGCACCUCGCCCGCAAACGUGGGCGGCAGCAUGCAAGCGCUGUCCAUAACAGACGCAUCCGUCAUUGACCGGUUCACGUGCCAGGCGGCCGUGCAGCCGGGCAUGUUGCGCAUCUGGAGCAGCGUGCUGCAGCACGGCCCGCACAGCGUCAAGGCCAUGGUGGUUCCCUGCCCGGCGCAGCUGAUCGGCCGCACCUUUGGCACGGCGCGCUGCAUGUUCUCGGACGCGGUCGUGGUGGGCGUGCUGCAGGCCGGCGGCGGCAGUAGCACCGGCAAUAGCAGCAGCGCGGCAAGCGCACCAGGCGGCAGCAGCGGCGGCUGGAACCUUAGUGGAGGCAGUGGCGGCAGCGGCACCAGCGGCAGUAGCAGCUGGGCCAGCGGGCUGCUGUCGGUGCACACGGACGGUUCCAUGGACUCCAGGGUCCUGGCCGCCAGCGACCAGCUCGUCAUGUUCGCACCCGCCAGGGUCCGUGGCGUGCCUCAGCCGCACCCGGCCGCCGAGGCGCUGUUCCGCAACGCGGCGGCGGCGGCGCAGGAGCGGCUCAAGCGGCACGGCGGCUACAACGCGCCGCCCAAGCGCAUCAUCGUGGCCGGCUACCGCGCAGUGGACGUGCCGGACGUGGCGGCGGCGUUCGCGGACUCGGCGCCCGACGGCAGCCAGAUCACCUUCAUCCUGCCGGAGCUGCCCGGCGAGGACGAGCCCGAGCUGCCCGGCAGCGCCGGUUCCUGCCGCAUCCGCUACGUGGCGCUCAGCCAGCAGCAGCGCGGAGGAGGCGGCUACGGCGGGUACGGCGGAGGUGGAGGCAGCUACGGGGGCGGCGGGGGAGGCGGCGGCGUGGGCGCGGGCGGGCCGGGGCUGCUGAGCCUGCGUGCGCUGUCGGAGGCGGGCAUCAAGGCAGCGGAUGCCGUGGUGCUGCGGCCGCCCAUCCAGGACAUGGAGCGCUGGUGCGCCAAGAAGCCGGUGACGCAGCGCAUCCGGGAGGCUGAUGCGCACGUGAUGGCGGGACUGAUCCAGGUGCAAGACGCGGUCCUGGCCAGCGGGCGCAGCGACCCGCCGCACGUGGUGGCGCGACUCAACCGCUUCGGCUCCACAGAGACCGCCAAGCGGUACUUUGAAAUGCUGUCCCGCAUGCAGCCGCUGCAGCCCGUGACGCAGCCACAGACCCAGCAGGCGCAGCAGCCCGCCAAGGCGUGCCCACAGCAGUCCGCAGCCGGCAAGAACGCGGUCCCUGGCGCGGCCGGCGCCGGCACAGCUGCUUCUGCCACUUCCACCUCGACGGCCGCGUCCACGCAGCCGGCCGCCCCUGCGCACUGGUGGCAGAUCCAGCUGUGGCCGCACCAGCAGGCGCAGCCGGCGGCGGCGCAACAAGGUCAGCAGCAGGACAGCGACGCGGUUGCCAGCGAGGCGGCCUCAAGCGGCAGUGGGAGCGGUGGCGCGGCGGCGGUGACGCAGCAGCAGCUCCAGCGGCUUGCCGGCAAGGCGGGCGGCAGGCGGCGCGACUCGGCGGCCUCACAGUCCAACAUGGGCAGCUGCUCGGAACAGGCGGAGGAGUCGCAGGCCGCGGCCGCUGCGGCUGCGGCAGCAGCAGCUGUCGCUUCAGCAGACCCCGCCGGCCGAGGUGGACGAUGGGCGGCGCAGGAGGCCGCAGCUACGGGGCCGGGAGGGGCGGUAGUUGCGCCCGCCAAGGACUGGGCGGGCGGCCCACGCAGGCGGUUUGCGCGGGCGGUCCGGCAGUUCGUUGUGGCGGCGGACCUGGACAAGGACGCGGCAGCGGCGGCUGCAGGCACCGCAGCGGCUGACGCGAAGGGCAAGCAGCAGCAGCAGCAAAGCAAGAAGGAAGCCGCGGGCAGAGACGCAGGCAAGGAUGCUAGCAAGUCGUCGUCAUCGGUUGCGCUUGCGCCGGCUGGUGCGGACUCGCAGCAAGGCCCAGCCGGUGCUGAGGCAGCCACCCGGACUGGCCCGUUUGCAACUUGGGUUGUCCAUACGUGGGCUGGAGGGAGGGACGCGGCGCCCGUGCCAGCUGCAGACACCGGCACCUCGUCGUCAUCGGCUGCCGCUGCUGCUAUUACGGCUGGUACCUCGUCAGCAACCGGCAGCAGCAGCAGAAGCAAGAGUGCGGGCACGGCCGCAGCUGCCUCUGCGAUUGCUGCGCCGACCCCAGUGGCCAGCCACAAAGCAGGCAGCGUUGCGGACGUGGCCGCGCGCAUUCAAGCGCUGGCCUCGGAGCCACACUGGGCGGUGGUGCAGCGGCAACUUGCGCAGCAAAGCCGGGUGCACCUUGCACAGGCCAGCAGCUCUUCCGAUUCAAACCAGCAGCCACAGCAGCUGCAGCAGCAGCCACCGGCGCGCAGGCCCUGGUGGCUACCUCCGUUCCUCCAUGCACAGUCCAGCACACCGGCGCAGCCAGAAGCCAGCUCGCUGGUGGACGCCGUGCCUGCUACCUCGCAAGCAAACAAGCACGGCAAGGCUGCGGCGCCCGCCGCCCCUACCACCACCAGCAGCAGCGGCGCGAGUCAGCAGCCAGUGGCCGCGGUGGCCACUGCUGCAACAAGCGCCAGCGCCGCGGCGCUGGCAAUCUCACAAGUGGCGUCAGCACUGGUGCCGCCAACGGCCGUGCCCACGAUUGCGGCUGCACUGGCUCCCGCUGCGCCAACCGCCCCGUUGCCAAGUGGCGCAUCCACAGCGCCGAAAGGCGGCGCCACGGCUGCGGGUCCCACGGCGAAUGUGAUCGGGCUGGGGCCGUGGUCGUGUCACGUGACGGUGCCGGUCACCUCGGCACAGCAGCCGCCGCCACAGCAGCCUUCACAGCAAGCAGCACAUCAGGCCGCGGCACCCUCCAGCAGUGCUGGGGUAGGCGCUGGUGCUACCGCUCCUGCGCCCGCUGCCGCGGCUGCUGCCGGCUUGUCGUCCGGCCAAGGUCAGGCCCUGGGUCUCGGCUUGCUCCCGGCCCUGCCCAGCCUUCCCACCAUCCACCUCCCCGGAAGCAGUAGCAAUACCAGUGGCUCCACGGCAAGCAUCGCGACAACCACAGCCGCUGUCACCGCGGCGGUUGCGGCUGCGCCCGGAGUCUCAGCGGCGGCGCCGGUGGCGCCCUCCAAUAGUGCUGCUGCCGGCGCAGCUACAGCUUUCGCAGGCGCCAGUGCCACCAGCAGCAGCGGCUCGGCACUGCCGGCGGCAGCGGCAUCGGGUGCAAGCAGCACCGGCGGUGGCGCCAGUACCACCAGCGCACACUCGACAGCGGCUGCCAGCAGCGCCCCGGCUGCCUCUGGGCCCGGGGUGGGCGGCGGGCCAGCCUCAGCAGGCGGCGCGGCGCCGGCGGCGCCGGGGGCAGUCCACAGUGCGCCCGUGGCGGCUGGCGGUGCCGGCGGCGCGGCCGCGUCGGACCGGCCACUGCAGCUGGCGGCAAUGCAUGGCAUGAUGUCGGGGGCUAGCUCGCCACUGCCCAUUGGGUGUGAGGGCUCGGCGCCAGCACCUCCGGCGAUGGCAGGGUCGACGUCCGCAGGGGCUGCGGCUCCCACGGAGGCUCAGCCAUCGGCUGGGCCAGGUGCGGGCUCGUCUGCGCCCCCAGCAGCAGCUGCGGGCGGCAGUAGCAGCGGCGGCAGUAGCACUACGGGUGCACCGUCAGGCGGCGGUGGUGGCAGCACCGCUGGCAGUAGCAGUGGGCCGGGUGUGGCUGGCGGCACGUCGGCGGGGACGGCAGCAGGCGCUGCGGUGGGCCCUGCCGGUACCAGUGGCAGCAGCAGCUCAGGAGCGGGUGGCCAGACGCCACAGCCCAGCAGCAGCGGCGGCAGCAGCAGUACUGGUGGCAGCGGCGGUGGCCAGGCACAGCCGGGCACAGCAGCAGCAGGGACAGGAGGCGGCGCCCCCAGCACAGGCAGUAGCAGCAGCGGCGCAUCGCCGACGCCGGCCCCUCCGUCCAGCAGUAGCACUAGCAGUAGCACCAGCACUGGCAGUAGCACUAGCAGUAGCACUGGCAGCACCACGACGCCUCUGCCCCCUGUCGUGUCGUACGAUAAACGGCCCAUCAUCCGCAACCCUGAGAUCUUCCUUGCAGACGACCUUAUUGGAGCCCUGCUGACUCAGGUGGCGGCCCAGCCCGCCUACGUGGCGCUGGUGAGCCAGCUGAUCAAGAAGGACGGCGUGGAGUUGUACCUGCGCAGCCCCGCCGUAUUCAACAUCGCGCCGGGCGAGCGGCUGUCGUUUGCCGAGCUGAGCGAGACCACGCGGCUGCUGCGGCAGGUGGCGCUGGGCGUGGUGCGCUCGGACGGGCGGUGCUGCCUCGUGCCCAAGCCACACGAGGUGCUGGAGGUGGAGGUGGGCGACCAGAUCCUGGUGCUCAGCGAUGACUACAAGAUCAAGAAGAAGUAGUACCUCGUAGUGCGAUAGCGAUGUGGGCAUGCAUUAUUGUUUGUCGUUAAUCCUAUUUACGGUUUGCAGGUAAGGUACUUUGGGUAUGGCAGCGCAGGACAACUUCGACGGGAGCUCGAACACGAACACACCUGGCGGCGGCACCGCUGGGCGUUUAAGGAUUUAACGCGAUGGAUAAUGAUGAACCAUUUUGCAACACUUACUCAGUCACAAUAAACGUUUCCGGCCACGCACCAAGUGUACCUGCACAUGGAGACUCAGGCUUGCAGGGCUUGCAUGCUGGCCUUAAGCGUGGGUACUAGGGAUAUUGUGUGCGGGGGACAUGAUGUGUGCGGGGGAAAUGAUUGCUUUUGCCGCGCAGUUAUGGGGCCAUCUGUAAUCUUUUGUCAAGCCGACGUGUGAGAAUCUGAAUGGCACGAUGCCGCUGCUCCUGGUGGCGGACUGGAGGUCGGGGCUCGCCUUUGCCACCGCCCAGAGUGCAUACGUGUAGACAAGGGGGCCAUGCACUUUUAAUGACGGACGGAGCCAGAUUGUGUCAAUCCAGAAACAUGUGCAGACGACGGCUCUUGCAGAAUGCGCUUGUAAGGCGUGAGCUCA